UUCUAGGUUAGACAAUAUAAUGCAUUUCAUUCUAGCUUUGGUUCAUGGUUCCUUUCAAAUCCUCAGCAACCAAUCUCUCCCACCUCCACGCAGCACAUUCUGCUUCUGCAGCCAGCAUUCGGCCAGUGCACCCAUGUCCUUGGUAACUCAUCUGUGGGGGGAGCCAUUCUUGUAUCACCUGGUCCCCCUCCCACUGCCCCCUCAUCCGAGGCCUAGCAGUCAGCUUCCUGGGUGACCACAGGAGGUCAGAGUUUGUCUAAGCAGGUCAGGCCUACAGUAUUGUCCAGUCAGAGGAAAGAGAAAGAAUCCGCGUGGGAAAGACACAAAGAGGAGGAGGAGAAGACGACGGAGUAAGGGGAGGAGAACAGAAACUAAAUAUAAAUAUAGUGUUGGGGAUGUUGGGGAUGGCAGCGAGGACCUAUGGUUAGCUGGCUGGCUCCCACACCACUGUCCGCUCCCACACCACUGUCCCACGGCAUACAGGGCCAGCAUCUGCACCUGGCACCAUGCUUUUCCAAGGAAAGCAGAGGGCAUUGGGCUUGUGGUGCAGCCACACAGAGGACAGACCUGUUUGGGGCUGGCAGGUUCCCACGGGUUGCCUGAGCUCUAUUUGGUGGGUGCCUUAGAGUAAACUGUGUGUAACCAAUACAGCCUGUAAUGCAAAAGAUUGAGCCAUGAGUAGCAUUGAUACGUCUAAAGAAUCAGCGAACAAAAAUAAGUGACCAUAGUGACCUCAGUUAAUCAUUGAAGUCUGAGGUGCCCAACAAUGAUUUUUUAAAUCCCUGCAACUGUCCUUGGUCCCCGCUCUGUGACACUGGCAGUCCCCCAGCCACCACUUGAGGGCAGCCAUUUAGAGACUACAUGUACUGCGUUUCCAAGCCAGAACCUCCUCAGCACUCAGCACUCAGCACUCAGCACUCAGAGAGAAGAGCACACAUCUUCUCUCUGGGGGCCCAAGACAAGGAGAGCAAAGGUCUUCUCACUUCUUUAUUUGGGGAAGAGACAGGUGAUCCCUGUCCCUUCCCCCAAUAUAGAAAACACCCCAAAAGAAACAUGGCACGGGGGCAGCCAGGAGUGAGCCCCUUGGAAUGGACAUUCUGAUCUUAGGCAGGGGCUGCUGAGGACAAGCAGGGGAUGCCGACUCUGGAACAAAAUCACAGGCGGAGAGCUCCGGAACAGGCCCCAGCCGUCUGGAGUGCGGGUCUCCUGCCCUAGGACUCUCAGGCUAGAAAGUCCUCAGGACUCAGGACUGCGCAAGGUCUGACAAGGGAACUCGAAUCCCUUAAAUCCCACUUUCCUGCCUGCGCAAGGGGCUACCUCAGCACAGUCUUGGGGCCCUGUCCACAUGGGACAGAUCAUCCAAGGUGACAGGUUUUCGGACUUCCGCGUGGGCUCUCCAGGAUGUGUGGGUGGGCACACGCGGCCCCGCGACAAAGGAGAGUCGGCCCGCGGCUCUGGAGCGUGCAUCUGCGAUGCCAGUGAGCCAGGUGAUUACACACAGCCGGCACCCAGCUGGUUCUCCGGGUCGGGUCUCCGCGAGGCGGCCACCGGGCCGUGGAGCCGCAGGCAGGUCCCCGCGGCAGUGGCCCCCCAGGGCCCGGAGGCGAAGGGCGGGCGGGAGCUGGGGUCAAGCAGGUGGAGAGUUAGGCAGCGGGGCGCCCCUCGGGCAGAGGGGCUCCUGGCCAACGCCCCAGAGACCCUCAGUAACUUCUCCCGCGCUCUGGGUUCGCCGCCGCGUCCUACCUGAGGCCACACCCCUGAAAUCAAAACCGCGGCCAGGUGAAGCCGGCGCUGCACCAACGUGUAAGCGCGGCCCCUCCUCGGCGUUCCCGCGCCGAGGUCCCUCCCGCGGAGGGCGGGCCCGGCUCCCACGGCCUCUUCGAGCGUUCCUGGGCUUCCCGCUCCGCAGGCCUGCGGAGGACUGGCCCAGGAAGGUCCCAGGUCUUCCCUCGCCUCAGCGCCUAAGAGAGCGGUCCAGAGCGGGUGAGGAGUCUCGAGGAACAGGCGGAAGGCGCCGGAAGGCACCAUGUUCCGCAAGAAAAAGAAGAAACGCCCUGAGAUCUCAGCCCCACAGAACUUCCAGCACCGUGUCCACACCUCCUUCGACCCCAAAGAAGGCAAGUUUGUGGGCCUUCCCCCACAAUGGCAGAACAUCCUGGACACACUGCGGCGCCCCAAGCCCGUGGUGGACCCUUCGCGAAUCACACGGGUGCAGCUCCAGCCCAUGAAGACAGUGGUGCGGGGCAGCGCGGUGCCAGUGGAUGGCUACAUCUCGGGGCUGCUCAACGACAUCCAGAAGUUGUCGGUCAUCAGCUCCAACACCCUGCGCGGCCGCAGUCCCACCAGCCGGCGGCGGGCACAGUCCCUGGGGCUGCUGGGGGAUGAGCACUGGGCCACCGACCCAGACAUGUACCUCCAGAGUCCCCAGUCUGAGCGCACUGACCCCCACGGCCUCUACCUCAGCUGCAACGGGGGCACACCAGCAGGCCACAAGCAGAUGCCGUGGCCCGAGCCACAGAGCCCACGGGUCCUGCCCAAUGGGCUGGCUGCAAAGGCACAGUCCCUGGGCCCCGCCGAAUUUCAGGGUGCCUCACAGCGCUGUCUGCAGCUGGGUGCUUGCCUGCAGAGCUCCCCACCAGGAGCCUCACCCCCUACAACCACUGGUAGGCGUGGAAUGAAGGCUGCCAAGCAUGGCUCUGAGGAGGCCCGGCCACAGUCCUGCCUGGUGGGCUCAGCCACAGGCAGGCCAGGUGGGGAAGGCAGCCCUAGCCCUAAGACCCAGGAGAGCAGCCUGAAGCGUAGGCUAUUCCGAAGCAUGUUCCUGUCCACUGCUGCCACGGCCCCUCCAAGCAGCAGCAAGCCAGGCCCUCCACCACAGAACAAGCCCAACUCCUCUUUCCGACCGCCACAGAAAGACAACCCUCCAAGCCUGGUGGCCAAGGCCCAGUCCUUGCCCUCGGACCAGCCGGUGGGGACCUUCAGCCCUCUGACCACUUCGGAUACCAGCAGCCCCCAGAAGUCCCUCCGCACAGCCCCGGCCGCAGGCCCGCUUCCAGGCCGCUCUUCCCCAGCAGGUUCCCCCCGCACCUGGCACGCCCAGAUCAGCACCAGCAACCUGUACCUGCCCCAGGACCCCACGGUUGCCAAGGGCACUCUGGCUGGUGAGGACACAGGUGUUGUGACACAUGAGCAGUUCAAGGCUGCACUCAGGAUGGUGGUGGACCAGGGUGACCCCCGGCUGUUGCUGGACAGCUACGUGAAGAUUGGCGAGGGCUCCACCGGCAUCGUCUGUUUGGCCCGGGAGAAGCACUCGGGCCGCCAGGUGGCCGUCAAGAUGAUGGACCUCAGGAAGCAGCAGCGCAGGGAGCUGCUCUUCAACGAGGUGGUGAUCAUGCGGGACUACCAGCACUUCAACGUGGUGGAGAUGUACAAGAGCUACCUAGUGGGCGAGGAGCUGUGGGUGCUCAUGGAGUUCCUGCAGGGAGGAGCCCUCACAGACAUCGUCUCCCAAGUCAGGCUGAAUGAAGAGCAGAUCGCCACUGUGUGUGAGGCUGUGCUGCAGGCCCUGGCUUACCUGCAUGCCCAGGGUGUCAUCCACCGGGACAUCAAGAGUGACUCCAUCCUGCUGACCCUGGAUGGCAGGGUGAAGCUGUCGGACUUCGGAUUCUGUGCUCAGAUCAGCAAAGACGUCCCUAAGAGGAAGUCCCUGGUGGGAACCCCCUACUGGAUGGCUCCUGAAGUGAUCUCCAGGUCUUUGUAUGCCACUGAGGUGGAUAUCUGGUCUCUGGGCAUCAUGGUGAUUGAGAUGGUGGAUGGGGAGCCACCCUACUUCAGUGACUCCCCAGUGCAAGCCAUGAAGAGGCUCCGGGACAGCCCCCCGCCCAAGCUGAAAAACUCUCACAAGGUCUCCCCAGUGCUGCGAGACUUCCUGGAGCGGAUGCUGGUGCGGGACCCCCAAGAGAGAGCCACAGCCCAGGAGCUCCUAGACCACCCCUUCCUGCUGCAGACAGGGCUACCCGAGUGCCUGGUGCCCCUGAUCCAGCUCUACCGCAAGCAGACCUCCACCUGCUGAGCCCACCCUGAGUACACCUGCCACCUGUGCCCACAGGCAGGGCACACGGGGCAGCCAGCCUGCCGGCAGGGCUUGCCUGCCUCCUCCUCUCAGUAUUCUCUCCAAAGAUUGAAAUGUGAAGCCCCAGCCCCACCCUCUGCCCCUCAGCCCACUGGGCCAGGCCGGACCUGCCCCCUCAGUGUCUCUCCCUCCUGAGUCCCCAGAUGGAGACCCCUUCUACAGGAUGACCCCUUGAUAUUUGCACAGGGAUAUUUCUAAGAAACGCAGAGACCAGCGUUCCUGGCCACUGCAGCCAACACAGUAGAAAAGGCUACUGUGGUUUUUUAAAGGUAGUUGUCCACUAGCGUCCUAGGCCACUGCAGAGGGCAGACUGCUGGUCUCCACAGAUACUUGCUGUUCUCAGCUCCAGCUUCAAACCUCGGGUCUCGAGAGGGCCACGGGCCACGGGCCACGGGGUGAUUUUUAUGACCUGAAUCCCUCUUCCUCCCUCACGUCUGAUGUCCUGAAGGUGCAGUCCUAGCUGUACGGCCCCUCCCCGCCCGAACUGUGAAUGGCCUGCUCCAGGCCAUGGCUGUGGGCAGGGAGUGAGGGGACAAUUUCUGAGUGAAAAAGAAAGAAUGGGGUCGGUGGUAAAGGUGCUCUCGCUUUACAGAAUGGAGAGAACAUCGUGUGUGCGUGUGUGUGUGUGUGUGUGUGUGUGUGUAAGGGGAGGAAAGCCACCUUGACAGCCCAGGUCCCUUCAGGUCACCCACAGCCAGCUUCAGGAAGGCUGCCCCAUCCUCUCUCCCACUAAGUUCUGGCCUAAAGGGACCUGCUUUCUUGGCCUGGCUUCCACCUCUCCAGUCCUGUGUCUCCCUGGCCAGUGGAGUGGUCCAUGCUAAGUCUAACACAUCCUGGGGGCUCAGGAGGCUUCUGAGCGUCUCCUGUACUGUGCAGCGUGAGGGCCAGAGACAGGAAUGUAAGGAAUGGUAACUGUGUUACCUUUCAAGUUUAUCCCAAUAACCAGGUCAUCAGGGACCCAAUGUUCUCUUCAGAACCCUAUCUGGGAGAGAAGGCGAACCACCUCCGGGUUUCCAUCACGUCAAGGUCACAGGCACCCAUUUGUGCAAACCAUCUGCCCCGGCUGCCUCCACAGACAGCUGUCUCCUUGUCCUCCUCGGCCCCGCCCCACUUCAGGGCUGCUUUGAGAUGGAAUUCCAGGAAAGAACUUCAGGUGUCUGGACCCUUUCUAUUUAGAUAAUAUUUUUAGAUUCUUCUGCUCCCUAGUGACCUACAUGGGGGCAAAGAAAUUGCAAGGACUUUUUUUUAAGGGUCAGAGUUUUCAAAACAAAAGCAUCUUCCCUAGAAAUUUUUGUGAAUUGUUUGCACUUGUGCCUGUUUUAAAUUAAAUUGAGUGUUCAAAGCCA